GUCCUUUAUUGUAUCCUAUUUUGAUAUACCUAUGUAUAUAUAUUGAUAAAUUAUCUGAUCUUAAUUGCUCUGUGGUGAAAUUGUAUUCUUAUGAAUUGCUCCUUGAUGUCAUUUCCACUUUGCAAUUUGCUCUUUGAUGUCAUAAAUAGGUCUUGCCAAAGUAUCUCAGUACCAGUGUUUAUUUACACACCGUCAAAAUUGAUUCAAAAAUAAAAUUAUGUAUGAAAAUGUUCACAUUUCAAGUCAGUUAUUUUGGAUUUUUUUUGUGCAGAACUGAACCACCACGAACCACCUUAUGCUCAACCCAGUACCACCUUCCUGUUAGGGUAACUCGCCAUUUACACUAUCACCAUAUACACUAUCACCAUAUACACCAUCACCAUAUAUACUAUCACCACAUACACUAUCACCAUGUACACUAUCACCAUAUACACCAUCACCAUAUACACUAUCACCAUGUACACUAUCACCAUAUACUCUAUCACCAUAUACUAUCACCAUAUAUACUAUCACCAUAUACUCUAUCACCAUAUACUAUCACCAUAUACACUAUCACCAUAUACACCAUCACCAUAUAUACUAUCACCAUAUAGACUAUCACCAUGUACACUAUCACCAUAUACACUAUCACCAUAUACACUAUCACCAUAUAUGCUAUCACCAUAUAGACUAUCACCAUGUACACUAUCACCAUAUACACUAUCACCAUAUACACUAUCACCAUAUACACUAUCACCAUAUACACCAUCACCAUA